CCAGGCUGCGUGCGCACCAUGAACCCUCCUCGCGUGCGGAGCGGCGGACACCUGAGGCGGUUCUCGAGAAGGUUCGAUAAAACCUCAUCCCGGAACUGGGUUGUGCGGAAAUGGCGGUCGUUCCGCAGCUCGUCAAAAUCGGGAUUUCGCUGAAGAUGCUUCCCAACAACACCGCCGUCUACUUCAAGUCUGACGGCGGCAGAUUCGGCCAAACCCGAACCAUCAAGCUGCUGACCGGGUCCAAGUACAAGAUGGAGGUGGUGAUUAAACCCGGAGCCGUCGAGGCCACGUCGAUGAGCUUGGGCGGAGUCACCUUCGCCCUGGAGCAGCAGUCCAAAGAUCCACAGUCGGUGGUCUACACGGCUCUCUACGACACCGAGGGGGUGGCCCACACCAAGAGUGGGGAGAGGCAACCUGUUCAGAUCAGCAUACAGUUCACGGAGGCGGGCAUGUUUGAGACGGUGUGGCAGGUGAAAUACUACAACUACAACAAGCGGGACCACUGCCAGUGGGGGAACAGCUUCAACAGCAUCCACUACGAGUGCAAACCCAACGAAACGCGCACGCUCAUGUGGGUCACCAAGGAGACCUUUAUGUAAAGGGGGCGGGGGGGAAAGAAUCCAAGUUGUGUUUGUAUGUGUGUGUGUUUACCUGGCCACACCCCUUUUUAGUCAGCUUCAACUUGGGGUGUGCCUAUACAACUUUUUCCCUUACGAUACUGGAGCCUUGAGUAUUUUCCCCACAUUGAUCCGAUACGAUAUCAACAAGAAUCAUACAUACUUUUGUUUUGUAGUGGGGAAUGUUAGACUAACACUAAACUGUUCAUUAUUAACUGUCUGGAAUGGACUCAUGCUGUCACUAAGUUGAAGUGGAGUGGUCAUUUUUUUUGUUUUUUGGCGACGCCUCAAGCCAAGCUCACGAGAUUGUAAGCAGAAUGGUGCGGACACGUUUGUUACUGGAUACUUUCUUAUACCCUUCUGCCUUUGAGACUUUGUUUUUUCUAAAAUAAACUUCAUAUCAAAUAGAAGGAGGAAAGACCACAAAACAAACAACACACAACUUGCACUGUGAGUACACACACUACGACUACUACUACUAAUAAUAAUAAUAAUAACAAUAAUAGAUUUUAUUUGUAAAAAGCACUUUACGUUGAGUAAACAACCUCAAAGUGCUACAGUGUAUUAAAAAAAUUAAAUAAAAAAUAAAAAGAUAGUAAAAAAAUAAAAAAACUAGAACAGCCAAAUAGCUGAAACUAGUAUGCAUAUAUCUAAAAAAGAAGGGUUUUUAAGGCUUUUUUAAAAGCAUCCACAGUAUGUGGUUCCCUCAGGUGGUCAGGGAGAGUGUUCCACAGACUGGGAGCGGCGGCGCAGAAAGCCCGGUCUCCCAUUGUUCGCAGCUUUGUCCUCGGAGGUUGGAGGAGGUUAGCCUGUCCAGAGUGGAGGAUUUGGGGGGUGAGUAGUUCUUUGAGGUAGAGGGGGGCAUUUCCAUGGAGGCACUGGUGGGUUAGUAGGGAGACUUUGAAUUCAAGUGAAGGGAUUUGAGAGUUGGUGUAAUAUGGUCAUAUUUCCGCACUCUCAUCAUGAUCCUAGCAGCACUAUUCUGUAUUUAUUGUAGCUUCUGGAUGUUUUUGCUACAUCCAGAAGCUACAGGUUGCAGGGAAUACUACGAGGGAAUAAUGAACAACAAAUCAAUAAUUAGAGUGACAAACCCAAUAAUGAUAAUGUGAAAACGUGUUUUUUUUUUAGCGCUUUUUGCAAAUUUAUUAAAAAUAAAAACUUAAGAAAUCACAUUUACAUAAGUAUUCACAGCCUUUGCUCAAUACUUUAGUUAUGCACCUUUGGCAGCAAUUACACCCUCAAGUCUUUUAAAAUACGAUGCCACAAGCUUGGCACACCUGGCAGUUUCGCCCAUUCAUAUUGGAUGAGAAGUGUUGUUUUUUUUAACCAGGAUGUCUCUUUACAUUGCUGCAUUCAUAUUUCCCUCCAUCCUGACUAGACUCCCAGUUCCAUUUGCAAAAAGCUCUAAAAAAAAAUUGUUUUUCCACAUUGUUAUUAUUGGGUAUUGUGUGUAGGAUUUUGAGGACAAAAAUGAGUGUAUUCCAUUUUGGGAAUAUGGCUGUAACAUAACAAAAUGUGGAAAAAGUAAAGAGGUGUAAAUACUUUCCGGAUGCCCUGUAUACAGUAUGUGACGGAAGCUGCCAAAGCAACGUUAUGCAUGUGUGGUUUACUGCGCAGCCUUUGGUCCGCUGACAAAAAUAGUAGCGUGAACACUAAACCAACCGCACCAAAGCAUGAGGCAAGUAUUUAUUUUAUUUUGGUCCGUAACAGAAUGCUGCACCCCAAGAGUGAACACAGCCGAAAUGACUGCAUUAGGUGACUGUGUUAGUAUAGCAUAAAUGUAUGAAUGGCCAAAAAUAUAUAUAUAUAUAUCAGUAAUUGACUGUUAAGGAUAAUAUUAAAGGUAAUGGAGUCAUACUUUUUUGAAAGUUACUUCUUUGCUUUUGUCGGUCAGUGAAAAAUAUGGUCCGACCUAAAUUGAACCAUAAACAAAGAGAGACAAUCUUAUCUCGGUCGUAAUGUUGUGUUGUUAUGUUGGCAGAACGAUGUUAUUGUGACGAUGCAUUGUCGUCACUGUCGAACUUGUGUGACCUGCGCCUGGGGAAAAAACAACUUCCCUGUUUGUUGGUACUUUUCCGGACGGUAUCAUGACGUUUUAUGACAGUUUGUGACGAUAUGCUACAGUUUUCGGUGUUUGUGUUCGGUCUACCUCUUCCAAUGGCUGUAAUACCAACAAGGUAAAUAUUCAAAGGAUAAAUGUAUGUAAAGUCUUUAUAUAUGUGUGUGCGUGUAUGUAUA